AUGGAGAAGAUUGAAAGGAACGAAUCUACGUUAUCCAGCAAGCUGGCAAAGGAUAUUAGUACAAGUUACAACUCUGAACAACCUGACGCUGUCAAUGAAGAUGAGACAUAUUCAAAGAUCACGCUUGGUACUGAACCCACAACAUCUGAAAGUGAACAACGAGUUCUUGGUGUAAAUUGGAACUUCGUUGAAGAUCAACUUGUUUUUGACUUAAGUGGCAUAGCUGAAUUGGCCAAAACCUGUGAACCCACCAAGCGAAAUAUCGUUCGACUCUCCGCUAAGUUUUACGACCCGUUGGGAUAUAUGCCACCAAUAACUGUCCAAUUUAAACAAAUGUUCCAAGAGUUAUGCGAAAGUAAAGUUGGUUGGGAUGAUGAGAUCUCACAUUCGAUAAGAGUAAAAUGGGAGAAACUAGAGGCAGAACUACUGCAGAUGAAACGCAUUCUCCUUCCCCGUUGCUAUUUCUAUAAUAUAAGCGAGAGAGUAAUUUCUUUCACCAUCCAUCGUUUCUGUGAUGCGUCAAAGAUGACAUAUGCCGCGGUGACCUGUUUGGUAAUUAGAACUGCCAGCAGUGCUAACGUAAGAUUUUUAGCAUCUAAGACAAGAGUCACCCCCAUUGACAAACAAACUAUUCCUCGAUUGGAACUGUUAUCCUGUCUCAUCCUUGCAACAUUACUUAAAGACGUGGAGGAGGUCUUACGUCUGGAGUUACAAUUGUAAGAUUCAGUUUGCUGGACUGAUUCGAAAGUAGCGUUGUUCUGGAUCAAGAAUGAAGAUCGGGAGUGGAAACAGUUCGUGCAGAACCGAGCAAUGGAAAUCCGAAAUCUGGUAAGCCCGAAUUCUUGGUGACACUGUCCAGGCAGAGAUAAUCCAGCUGACAUACCUCCAAGAAGAAUAAACCUUUCAGAGCUAGCGGCAGUAUACUAUGGCACAGUGGUUCAGAUUGGCUAGGCCAAACUACUAAAAAACUUGAAGACGGUGACGAGCAAUGCGUACCACCAGAAGAAUGUUUAGCGGAAAUGAAAAUAACGAAACCACCAAGUUUAUCAACCCUUACACUGAGCAAUUCUUCACAUGGCCUCAACGACAUUAUAAGGUGCGAGCGAUUUGGAACCCUGAAACGACUUCUUCGGGUGACAGCGUAUGUUCUACGAUUUGUGAAAGCAGUGCAACACAAGAAGGACGGUGAACGAAGUGUGUGA